CUUCCAGGACCUGCCCCUCUCCUAACCCAUGUUUCCAGCAUGGCUGCGAAACGCAAACAGUGGCCGAAAGCCGUGAGAUUCGAGGAGAGUGAGGAGAACGAGGAGGACGCGCUGGAAAAUGAAAACGAUGAAGCAGAGGAGAAUGGAGAGAAACAGGAGGAUGAGGAGGAGGAAGAGGAGUUCACUCUGGACGGAGUCCUGCGGUUGGGAGGCACUAGGGCAGACUAUGUCAUGCUGGUUGGCAUUGAUGACAGCAACGAGCUUGUAAACGGUGGAAAGAAAGGUGCUAUCGAUGAUUUGGAGGAUGGGGAACUGGAACAGUUCAUCACAAAGCUGGGCAUUCGUUCCUAUUCGGACAACCAGAUUAUUAAGGAUGAGGAUGAUGAUGAGGAGGAUGACAGUGAGGAAAAGCAAGAACAGAAACCCACAGAACCCUUGGAUAAAAAAGACAAAAAGAAAAACAAAGAGCCUGUCAAGACACCUGCAGCCAAACAAGAAUCUGAGCAAAAAAAGAAGAAAGAUAAAGAGGCUAAAAAGGCAGCAGCUGCUGUAAAGAAGGCCAAGCAGAACGCCAGCCUCUUCGAGUUUUACCCCAGACAGUCACUGUUGGUCAAACCUGGUGGGAAAUGGUAUGACAUAGACUACACUUCAGAAAGCAACUCUUCAGCUCAGGAAGAGUCUUUGGUUUCUCAAUACAAAGAUUUGGCUCGUAAACUCUUUGAGGCUGAAGCCGAACUCUACAAAUCCAAGAAGAACUUUCAGAAAGGAGCUAACACAGCCUGGAUGAAGAGCGUUGUCUCAACUGGAACUCUUGCUGACAGGAUGGCAGCCAUGACUGUUUUGAUCCAGGACGCUCCGGUGCACUGUCUGUCACAUAUUGAGAGUUUGGUCACUUUGAUUAAAAAGAAAGGCAGUCGUAGGGAAGGUCUGAUGGCGUUGGACACUCUUAGGGAGCUGCUGUGUUCUGACCUUUUGCCAGAAAACCGCAAACUACGUACCUUUGCACAGCGGCCUUUCGACAUGCUGGAGGAGAAAGCUAGUGGAAACCGUGAUGCUCGUGAUCGGAGGCUGAUCCUUUGGUUCUUUGAACACCAGCUGAAGCUGCAGGUGGCCGAGUUUGUGGUGGCCCUUAACACUCUGUCUCAUGACUCUAUCCUGGCCAACAAAACGAAGGCACUAACCACUGCUCACGAGCUUCUGUGUAACCAUCCAGAGCAGGAAAAAGCCCUGCUGUCUCACAUAGUCAACAAGUUGGGAGAUCCAGAGUACAAAGUGGCCUCCAAAGCUUCAUAUCUGCUGGAGACGCUGCUCUACAAACACCCGAUUAUGAAAGUGGUGGUGUGCACCGAAGUGGAGCGCCUUAUGUUUAGACCAAAUAUCAGCUCUAAAGCUCAGUACUAUGCUGCCUGCUUCCUCAACCAGGUGAUGUUGAGCCACGAAGAAGCCGACCUGGCCACCAAACUCAUCACCAUUUACUUCACUUUCUUCAGAGUCUGCGUUCGAAAGAAGGAUGUGGAUUCUAAAAUGCUUAGUGCCUUGCUGACAGGAGUGAACCGGGCUUAUCCAUACGCAAAAGUGGGUGAUGAGAAAGUGCGGGAGCAGCUGGACACUCUGUUUAAAGUGGUGCACAUAGUGAAAUUCAGCACUGCUGUGCAAGCUCUGAUGCUGCUGUUUCAAGUCAUGGACUCGCAGAAUUCGGUGUCUGAUCGCUACUAUGUAGCUCUGUACAAGAAGCUGUUGGAUCCAGGUCUGGCCAUAUGCUCGAGACAGAGCAUGUUUCUCAACCUACUGUAUAAAUCCCUUAAAGCAGACAUAGUGCUGAGGAGGAUCAAGGCUUUUGUAAAGAGACUCUUACAGGUCAGCUGUGAGCAAAGCCCGACCUUCGCAUGUGGCGCUCUCUUCCUGGUAUCUGAGGUGAUGAAGAGCAAACCUGGCCUUCAACUGCUUUUGAAGGAGGAAGGGGAUGCUGAGGAGGAAAAGUUUGAAGACCUAAAAGGAUUUGAGGAUGACGAUGAUGAAGAAGAGAGAUUUGUGGAUGCAGAUAAAGCUGAACAGGAACAGACUGAAAAAACAGAGCAGCCAAAACCAACUGCAUCAUGGGUGCAUCACCAAAACCUGGAGGGUAAGAACAUGAAGAUAUACGACCCCAUAUUCAGAAAUCCAUUAUACUGUGGGGCAAACUACACCACACUCUGGGAGCUGCAGAAGCUCUCUUUGCAUUUCCACCCCUCUGUGGCACUUUUUGCAAAGACCAUUAUGCAGGGAGAGUUCAUUCAGUACACAGGAGACCCUCUGCAGGACUUUACACUCAUCAGAUUUCUGGAUCGGUUCGUGUUCAGAAACCCAAAACCGAUGAAGGGCAAAAAAAACACAGAAGCCACUGUUAUGCAGCCAAAGCAGAAACAGUCCAUGAACAACAUCCGGUCAUUACCUGUGAACUGCAAAGAGUAUCUAGCCAAAGAGGAGAGUCAGAUCCCUGUGGAUGAGGUGUUCUUUUACAGGUUCUUUAAGAAACGUGAAGGAGAGAAGCAGCAGAAGGCACCUCGGGAAGGGGAUGAUGAGAGUGUGGAAGACGUGGAUGAUGACGAGUUUGACAGAAUGCUUGAUUCUAUAGAAAGCGACAGCUACUUCACAGAUUUUAAGGACGAUGACCUGGACUUUGCGGGUAAUGUGAAGAAGGAAUCCAAGAAAGGGAAAAAGGCAGAAGACUCUGACUCUGACCUGGAUAGUGAUGAUGAUCUGGAUGAUGAGGAAGUCUCUCUGGGUAGUAUGGAAGAUGAGCUAGAAGAUGAGCUCGAGGAGGAAGGUGGCGCGUUUAUGGACCCUGAUGGAGAUGAUGAUGAUGAGGAAGAAGUACCAGAGCUCGAGGAUGGUAAUGACUUUGAUGAUGGCCGUACAAAACUCAAAACAGGCAAAAGAAAGUCAUCAGAGCAGUUGGAUUUCUUGGAGUCUUUUGGAAAAAAGAAAAUGAAAGGAAAGAAGCAUGAUACAGCAAUAUUUGCAUCAGCUGAAGAGUUUGGGGAACUGCUGGAUGAGAAUGUGGACUCCAAAUUGGAUAACCUUGGCAUGAAUGCAAUGGCCAACAAAGACAAAGCCAGUGUCAAGCAGCUGAAAUGGGAAUCCAAGCGUGAUGACUGGAUUCAAGGACGCGAUGUUAAAACAAUCCGGAGAAAAAAGGCGAUGUUCAAUAAGAGGAAAACAUUUGGAAAGCCCAAAACAGGCAAAAGAACUGUUGGAAAAAAGAAAUGAAAAGUCAGCUGUCCUCAUGUGUUUGUGUAUUUAAUCUUGCUUAGACCACGCGUCCUGAUCUGCUUCCCGAAUGCCAUAUACUCCAGACCACUCGUUGGCCUUGUAAAAAACUAAGAAAAGGAAGAAGAAAUGCUUAUCAGGCAGAUCACAGGCAUGUUCACUUGCCAAAUUGGUGGCAAAAUUUUCUACAAUGGACUAAUGUUAAACAUAAAUGUAAAAGUGCAUUUUACAAUAAAUAAUAUUUUACUGUU